AUGAUUGGUAUGCUUUUUGCUCAGCCGACACUGAACUAUCCGCUCAAAUGUGGAGCAUGUCAAACAGCUUUCAAUGAAACAUAUGUUGAACGUAUAAUUAUCGAUCAAAACUAUUAUGAGAACUAUGUCGCUUGUGUUUUGCCACUCUACUGGUCACAAGAAUGCCUUGAAGAUUGCGAAGAAUUAGUACAGUGUCCGUUUUGUUCUUAUCUGGAAAUCCAUACUACUGAUACAUGUUCGAUUCAGUUUCUCACCUGUCAACAUCCUAAUUGUGGUGCUUAUAAUACAAAUGUUAAUAAACAAUUAUUAACAAAUCGUGAUUAUCAUCAUAAUAAGUCAUCAGUCUGUACAAGACAUUCUACAAGAAAAACUAUUGAAGAUUAUCAAAUUGCCAUUGAUGGACCGUUUGAUAUUGAUUCAAAUUUAAAGGCAAAUCACAAAUACAAUACGAACGAUAAAAUAGAAUAUUUAAACAAUAAUAUUUAUCGUGAUGAUAAUCGAUAA